CCUGUGACCGGACAUUCUGCUCGCACACAGACCUGAUCUGACAUUGCAUGCCUAUGCAUGAUGUCCAGCAAGUGGGCAUUGGGGGAGGUGGAGCAAAUCAGCAGAGAGUGCCAGUCACAUGAUUCACCAUCGUCAACUCUAAAAACUGCUGAGGGAGGAGACGGAAGCCGAGAAUGUGAGGAGGCACCUCUUUCCGCCGCCAGUAAUCCUGAAUCCUCUGUGAGCACUGCAAGCACAUCGAACAGUCGUAAUGGCUCAUGGGGUGCCAUCAACUCAGAAGCUGGGUACGCUGAGGCCUCACCCGCAACACCCGAGCCUCCUGUCAGCCCAACUCAGACAUCAUCGGUGAGCACGUCAAGCAGAUCGAACAGUCAUACCGGAUCAUGGAGUGCCAUCAAGUCAGAAUCUGCGUAUGCUGAGGCCUCCGCCGCAACACCUGAACCCUCUCUGACCCCAAAUCAGACAUCAGUGGCAACCGAGUUGUUAGCUGCUGCUGAUGCAAAACAGUUGACGUCAACAGACUGCCCCAAGCCAAGCUUGAGUUCGAACGCGAAGGGUAAGAUUGGGAGCAGUACAAAGGAAGCAGUUGCUGGGCUGUUUGACCCUAGUAAGGCUUUCUCUACGGUCUUCCGAUCAGGCAGGCGAAGUGCAUCUCCUGCGACGGUCGGUACCGGUAGUGGACGGAACAGUCGCGGACCUGGGCUUUCUGGGUGGGUAGAUAGACUCUUGUCCCAUAUCCAUACGGCGUUACGUGGAUCGCAUGAUGAUAUUGGAUGGCUUCGGCGGGAACCAGGGCUCCCUGCUAUUAUAGACAGGACCGGCCGGUUCAAUCAGCUUAACGCACGCAUCUAUCACGGCAUUCACACUCUCCCGGACAAUCUGGUUUACCUUCUUGUUCCAGGUCUGUUCAGCAGUCUAGGAGCACUGUCAUUUCUGGAUGCCAAACGAUACUUGAUGACGCUCGGACUCAGCUGCUAUGUCAUGCCUAUCCGGUGCGAGGCCUCCGUCGAGUCAAACGCGUACCAGAUCAAAGAGUACAUAGAAGAUCUCCACUGGGGUAUUAACCAUAAGAAGGUGGUCAUUCUGGGUCAUGGGAAAGGUGCAGUUGACUCCGCAGCGGCCCUCGCUGUGUAUUCAGCUGAUCUAAAGGGGAAAGUUGCGGGCCUUGUUUCUAUGCAGGCCCCGUAUGGCGGAAGUCCUGUCGCAUCGGGUCUCCUAAAAAAAGGCCGACCCUUGGAUGACGAGUCUCAAGCGCUUAUUCGGACAGUUUUGGGUGAAAUUUGCGGUGGGGAUAUCCGUGUCAUGCAGGAUCUCACGUACGAAAAGCGUCGCAAAUUCCUCGCUAAACACCCACUACCGGCAGAUCUUCCAAAUGUGUCUUUCCACACGGAAAUCACUGGGUUAACAGGGCAAGGAGGCAGCACCGACAUCUCUCCUCUGAGCCCUGCGUACAACGGCAAGUCACAUUUCUCACCUCCAGGCUCUGGAAAGGUCCACACCCCAGCAGAGGGGUCAGACCCCCUUCAGUCUCCGUCAUCGCCCAGCAGAGCCAGCAGCCCCGUUACAACGACAUUGACCUUGCCGCCGCCCAUUUCCGAAGCAACAAGCGGACAUGAUUUCUGUCCCCCUGAUGACAACAACCAUGGCAGUAAUCCCUCAGGAUCGACUCCCUCUGCCGAACCAGGUCCGAAAACAGAACCAGGUUCAGCCACAGAACCAGGCUCCAAAACUGAAGCAAGUCCAGCAGGAGAACCAGGAUCAACAACUGGACCAGGUUGUGGACCCGAUGCAGGUUCAGCGACUGAGCCUGGUUCCACAGCUGGACCAGAUGCAGCACCUGGAACCGGCUCUGGAACUGAACUGGGUUUUGAAACCGAGCCGGUUCCACUCACACUUGCCAUUGCCCUCAAAGCGCUCGCUAACCAUCUGCAUCUGAGGUAUGGUGUGAAGAGUGAUGGGUUUGUGGUUUGCGAGGACGCUGAAAUCCCAGGCUCAAUUGUUGUCCGAUCCGCGGUGAAGGUGGACCAUGCGGGUACAGUUUACUCCGAGAUUCAUGAUAGCAGUGAGAAACAAUUGCCCGCUACCGUGUAUCCGAAAAACUUUGUUGACGGGCCGCAAAUGAUAGAAGCGCUUCUAACGCUUCUGCUUGAGAGUGCCGGUGACGUAUGGAAGGAGCCCGGGAUGACACUAGAACAGGAAAACAGAUCAAGAAGGCAGAAAACUGCGAAAAGGGAAAACGCGACAGGCGACGACGGCAGGAGAAAUGCGAACAAAGAAGCUCCAUGCGGAGGUGGUUCCAGGGGAGAAAAGCAUUCAGCAAAAAAUGCCAAAAAUUCCAAAACCCUGAUCGAUUUCGGUUAUUCCACCGAGGCAACGCCGACCCCUUCUGAGGACCCGGGCUCCGGAUAUCCCGAUUGCUGUAGAAGAGAGAGUUUUGCGAGUGGACAGAAGCCGGACACAGAGCAGUCGAUAUGGUUCGGGUGGGAGAGUAGCCGCGAGAAUUGCACCAACUCAGAGUCUGGACGGUUGCAGCAGACUGGCAACAAAGAAUUUCAGACUCCGACUGGUGAUCCUGGUGCCACUCAGAGACAGAAAGAUGUUUUUCGCAAGCAACUUGACGGCCUUCGUAAUUCCAGAGAGUCUGACGGCUCUGAAAUGUUUGAAUUGGAUUUUGAUUGGGAUGAUCGCAAAGAGAGACUCUCACGGUACUCUGAAAAUGCUGCUUUGUGUAGGGAGUCCGAUGCAAGAGUAGAUGCCAUAGCUGCAGAAUGCCCCUAUUUGUGGCAGAUAAGUACCAUGGAUGACGGCAGAGAUGCUGUCGCUGACUGGACUACCGAUUGGGAGGAAGUCUCACUCGGCGGUAAGGAGCGAAAAGUUGAAGACGCUGACAUGGAGAGCAUCGUCUCGAUCAGCAGGGAGGAACGGAAUAAUUGUGCCUCCAUUCCUCACAAUACGGUAUCUUGCUCGAACCCUUUCCUGAUUUGUUGCCAGGCCAUGACGGUUUCUCCGUCAAUAAGCACGGCACCCGAAUCUCCUGCCUGGAAAGAGCCUGGAAGCUCCACCAUCGACCACCAUGCCGACUCCGGUUCAGGUCUGGAACCAAGUUUGGGUCUAGUACAUCCUGGUCCAGUUGUUGAUCCUGGUUCCAAGCUUCCAAGCCUCUUUAACGAACGACCUCAGGCUGCCGGUAUUGACCGCCAAGAGCUUUUGGCAACACAACAACCGCACCCGGGAAUGGACCCAGGUACGGAUGGAGCUCCUGGCACAACUGCCAGCACAGUACCCAAUGCGUCAGCCGAUAACUUGUCUGCGGUCUGUGGUCUUUCUGAAAGUCCUUACUCCACCGCGGUGGACGUGCCGGCAGAAUCUGUUGUAGAAGCUGCUGGCGGCAGCGCCCAGCCUGACGCUACUUCUGCUGCGGCCGCGACAACGGGCACCAGAGAACCCGAUAAGGCAGCCCAAUUUCUAGUCCAUGCAGAGACCAUUGACAUUGCAGACCACUCAUCCAGGAGCCCUGCAGCAGCAGCAGCAGCAGCAGUAGCAAGAGCAGGAGGAGGAGGAGGAGGAGGAGGAGGAGGAGGGUGUGGCGUCGGCGGCGAUGGCAGUGUUGCCCCAACCUCCAGGAAUGAGAGCAAGAACAACACAGGCUGUAUGCAAGGAGGUGAUGGAGCUGUGGUUGCUGACAGCGCUACCGAAUUUUACGACCCGGCUCAGUUCUGGAGUCUCGCUACGAGUCCUCUGUCGAGGACCCCUGCGCCGGAAGCGGCUCUCUGCGAAGGAGGUUGCUCCCAACCUUGGGUCGAUACUGAAGACGAGAACCAAGACCCACAUCAUACAGACGAGGCCCGAAGCGGUCCGCAGCGGUCACUGAAGCAAGAGGUGCUAAAUCAGCAGCUCAUAUACCGCCUGCACCACAUGCGGCCAGCAAGGAGUGUGUUCACUGGACUGCACGAGGGAAGACAUCGUGGAGCAGGCGGAUCGGGCGUAAAAUUAGUGACGAUCACAGAGAACUCGAAAGAACCUCGUCCCACACCUGUUUCGGAUCUGUCGGCUGCAAACAGUGAGGACGGUCGUGACAGUCCUCUCACGUCUUCCUUCACGCUUUCUACAUCUCGGCUGUCGCUCUCUGAUGACCUGAGGUCGGUAGAGGACCCGAGUAAUUUCUGUGUCUGUGGUUCUUGCACUGGAGAACCUCCUGGGGAGGAGUUGGCAUCUCCACAGUGCAGCCCAUCGAUAAUGCACCAUAUCCUGCGGGGCGUCAAGUGACCCAAAAAGGUGACUCAAAAGUGACUCAAAGGUGGUGACCCAAAGAUGACUCAAACUCACCCAAAAGGUGAGUCAAAAGUGACCGAAAUGUGACCCAAAAUUGACCCAAAGGUGGCUCAACAGUGGGUCGAACGUCACCCAAAGUUGACUCAAAAGUGACUCAAAGGCGACUCAAGACUGACCCAACAUCGACUUAAACGUGACCGAAAGGUGACUCAAGAGUGACUCAAAAUGACCCCAAAGCUACUCAAAAGCGACUCAAAGGUGACUCAAAAAGUUACUUCUAAGUGGCUCCAAUUACCACGGAUAAUCCAACAGCCGACCGCAGAAGGGACAGUCCAGGAGAUCCAGGUACAACUUGUGUGACGGAGGAUCACUGCCAGAGAUCAAGUAAAUCAACAAUUAUUGU